AAACUGUAUUUUAAUGAUCAAACAGGCCUGAGUACUCCACACUGUGGAUAAUUCACACUUUUCUUAGCUUCUGUGGAAUUUCUCUGCACAUUAAAUGUGGCGUACCUGAGUUAUCUUCCAGAUGAGCACAAUACUGUAAUUAAUUUGCAAUAACACCUUUGUACCACACGUCGGCGCUGUGGGCUUACAACGUCUGUAAUCACGAGUGCGGCUGAAAACUUCGUCGGACUCGUAAAUGUUGCUACCUGUUGCAGCCAUGUAAGGGAGGUUCUCGUUUUAAAUGCUGCCGUUAAUGGACCCUGCAGGUGAGCCCUGUGUGCUGAAGGGACGUGGAUUUAAAAUGGGAGCAAGCUGGAAGAGAACUGAUGGUUUUGCUAUCUCGGGUUGGUCCCUGUGUGCAGAUCAAACCACAACUCAUUCCGAUUAUGAAAUAUCACGAUGUGAAAACGAAACAGCAAGACAUGACGGAGUUCCCCAGGUUCAACACUGUUUAGAUGCUUUCAAGCGACACCUCCUUCAGCAGUCUCUGCAGAGCGCAGUGAAGGCAGUUGUGUAUCCUGUGCAAUUCAUGUGGCGCUUCAGCAUAAUCCUGUCCUCAGCUGAACAACGUGGACUCGUAUGCCGGUAAUGUCACCAGCCGUGUGGCACUGAGACUUCAUGAAACGGGAGAUGUGUGAGAAGAGGGCCGCAGAGUCUCGUGACAACAGGGGCGUCUGCAUUGGUGACAGCUUGUUGACUCAUCAAGGGGCAGAAUUGUAAGAGCUAAAGAAAAGUUACAGCUGCUGGGCUUCCUCCUGUCUAACCAGCAGCUGAUAACAGUGGGUCGCCCCCAUGGAUCUUAAACCUGUGCUCCUAUUGUUGCUGUUCCAUCUUGCUUUGUUUGUUCAUGGAGUCACGCCUUUGUGCAAUAUCACCUGCUCGACGGACUACACUGCUUCGCUGAACUGUUCCUGUGCAGACUCCGUGCCGACAUAUGCUCUCGUCUUCAAGGUCGAGUGCAGCGAUGGAGAGCUCGAGGUGAAUGGCACCUGUGAAGUCAGUCCACCUCAGACCUGGUGUGUAAUGUAUCCAGAAAUGCUUGAUACAGUUGCAUCCAUUGGAACGAUUUGUAAUGCAACAGUGAGCCGCCAGGGCGAUAAAGAAAUAAUGAUUACCAGUGAGUUAUCCACGUGGGCGCUGAGUGAUGUGGUGAAACCUCAGCCACCUUUCAAUGUCCAAGUGACAGACACAGAAGGAUUCUUCAACAUCACUUGGGACCACAGCAACCAGGAUGACUGCCUCAUGUACAGAGUGCGCUUGCAACAAAGGAAAGACUUAGCAACGGAUCCAGUUUAUUUCCUUACAGUGGAAGAAAAGCACCUUCUGUUAGAUCAUAAGAACCUACAACUGCAUACAAGCUACACUGUGGAUGUCAAGGCCAAAAUGUGUCCUGGGAUUCUCUAUGAGGGUCCAUGGAGCGAAUGGAGUUCCUCUGCUGAGUGGGCUACAGCACCCAGUGAGGCUGAAGGGUAUAUACCGCUACGUUAUUCCUUCACAGGAGUGUCUUGGUGUUUUUUGUACAUCUCCCUGUCCAUCAUUUUUGUCUUUGGUGUUGGCGUGCUGGCUUAUUUCCAAAAAACGUAUUUGCAGAAGAAAUUCCAGCUGAUUACAUACAUCCCCAGGGCAGAUGAGUUUUUUAAACCCCUCUAUUACGAGAAUGGAGGGAAUUUCAAGGAGUGGGUGAAGCCUGUAUUCAGUGAGCACGAUUACUUCAGGAUCAGCUCACAAGUCCAGACGCCAAGCGAGAAGCUGCACGACAUCCUCCAGUGGAACAGCGAGAAACAAAGCUACGGCGAGGACAACGAGUUGGGACAAGGCAGUCAUUUACUCCAUAUGCUGCAGCCUCACAGCAACUCGCUGCCGCUCUUCCAGGACGGCUGCGGCUCACAGGGCACCGGCCACUCCACCGGACACAUCUCCAUCCAUACCGUCACCCUCUCCGGGGAAGACGGGUUUAAAGGGGAGGACACGUCUCAGAGCUCUGUUAACACCCUCAGAAGUUACCAUCAUGGAGAAAGCUUUGGAUCGUUUAGAAAAGACAACAGAGAACAAGCUGGCUAUGAUUUGGACGAAUCUCAGAUGCUCAGGGUGGAUGGACAAAGUGUGGAAUUACCACAACAUGAAGACCAACUGUCCAAUAACUUAAUAGUGGAGAAUGUAAACCUUCAUCCACUCAUCCAGCUUAAUGAACCAGAGAGAGUAUCACUUGACUCAUUCGCCUCAAACGAGCAGUCGGAAGACGGCUACCCUCACGUGGACUUGGACACCAUUGACAGUGGUUUCGGGGAGUGCAGCAGCCCUGGAGCCUCAGACUCAAACAUAGCAGAGCAGAUAGACUCUCAUUCGUUUCAUGAGCACAAAAGCUCAAAUUCUAACUACGUAAAGCAGUGGAUGGCCUGUAGCGCUAUUCAAGAAGACUCUAGCAACAUGGAGAAUGAACUCCAAGAAACACAGUGAUAAUCCAUCUACUGACGCAGGCACAGUCAGUAGUGCUAUUUAAAAGAUUUCCUGACUUUUUUCAGAAAAUGUACUUUGAGUGAAAGCGUCUUGGAGGUGUCUGCGACACAUAAUGCUGUAUAUUCUGUUCAUCUUGAAUUUUUUUAGUUGUGCACUUUGUACUAGAUGUAUAUAUAUUCAGGUUUGUUUCAUUUUAAUUCAUUUGAUAUUGUGCCCUUUGUUUUUAGAAGAAAUGUGAAAGAUGUGAUUGGACAGAGAGAGAAGGGGGUGACGUAUAUGCAGACUGGAGUAUCCCAACAAUACUUGUUGUACUUCGUAUACCUUUGACUAUAAAAAUGCUAUAAUAUGUUUUCAGUGUUGAACAAAAUUCAGAUCUGCCCUUCAGUUAUUAACUGAUUAUUUAAAGACAGAAAAAGAAAAUAGAAGUAAAAUUCACAAAUGUUUAUUUUGUUAGUUGAUAUUUUUUAUUAUUAUUAGAAAACUAAUGCGUUUUUCAGUUACAAAUAGGUCUAAAGUCCAUAACCUCUCAGUGGGACUCGUGAAGCUCCUUAGACGUGCAGCAGUGUUUUAGAUUGCUUUGAUUUACGCCGCUCGAGGAUGCUUUUUGUCGUGUCCAUGCAUGCUUCGUUAGCUGCAGCAACAGCAAGUAUGCUGCCUUAUCAAGAUGUCUGAUAAUGUAUGUUUUUUUUCUUGCACACGCAUUUUGUAAGUCACCACUGCAAGCAUCCAUCCUGUUUUUGUGCCAUGUCAGUAAAAAAGCAAACUUUGGGCAAAGGU